AUGGAAAUUAGUACCUUUUCCGAAAUGGUCCCACUGUUGUCCAACUUUUGGCGUACCAUUCCCACCACCUUGCAGCUGAAGCUAGAAAGCUCCCUAACACUGCUGAAGCAAGAUCACAAACUAAACAAGCUAUUCUUUUUGGGCCGACUGGAGGCACAUUCGAUCAAUUAUCUGCUCGCGUUCGGAACCCCCGGUGUGGAUCUAUUUCAUCAGCGAAAGUUUUACUACAGUCGUGACGGGAUUGAUUGGUUGCUGCUGCUCGAACCUGCCAACUGGAGUGAAGAUUGGGGCCGUCUUUGGUGUGAAUUUACCGGAAAUGUUGGUUUCGGUUUCAAAAUUCGUUCGCUAGCUGCAGGAAGUGCGAGUGUGGUAGUGAGCGAACAGGAUCGGUUGUGGUACGUGAUGCAUGCGAUACUGCGUGAAGCGGCCGGUGUACCAAGGGGUGCACUAAGAAUGUCCACCGACCAGCAGAUUGUGCUGAAUCCGUUCUUUCAAGGGCUAACGCGGGACGAGUUGGGGGUGCUUGGUAAUUAUCAACACUUCCGACGGCCGGAACGAUCGGCGGAAGAGAAUCUGCGUGGCAGGAACGAGUGUAAUCUGUCGAUGGAUGUGUUUGAUUCGCUGGAAAGUACCGUACUGCCCGAAGGCAAAAGUUUCACCCUGCGUAUGGACGAUUCGGAUCAGCUGGCGAUGUGGAGUUCGUUGCAUUGGCUUGGGUUAGAUUUUUUCCACAAAGCAAACAGUAGCGUGUUUGGGUUUCUGUACAAUGGUGAUGGGCGUAAAAAUUGGGAUCUUCCGUUUAUGGUCGAGUUGUGA